AUGAGUCUUGCCAUUCCUCUCCCUAGCCACGGCUACAUGGCUGAGACCCACCCUUAUGCCGCUCCUCUUUCUUCCUCCGCUUCCUCUUCCACCUCCUCAGUAUUCUCAGACGCUGCGUCACAAGCGUCAAGCGCAAGCUCCACAUCGUCUCACUCAAACUGGGACUCAGAAGAAUGGAGUCGCAACCAAGUGGCACCGCCGACAAUUGUCGACCCUGCGAGCUUGUCAGCUUUCCAGCCCAUCAGCCGAGUUAGCACAUAUCCUCAGUACCAGUCUACGGUGUGCCGGGAGCCUGUACAGGAGAGAUUACCUUCCCUGCGCACUGAGCUGUUGGCACCUCUGGAGCAGCGACAGAAUCCUCGCCGAUCGUCGACCACUGUCAACCAGAAGCCCCCACCUCAAUUGGUACGGCAAUCCGACCGAAAGGUCAACUUCGUCGAUUGCCUCGUCGAUUCCGCUACUCAGAUGGUCGAGGUCAUCUGGCAACUUUCAGAGCCCAAGAGCCGUUGUGAGAAUGCUUCUGGACGUGGAGUGCUUCCUCUCCGCAUGUUCAUCCAGGAGACCCUCCGUCGCUCUCGCACGAGCUAUUCUACUCUUCAAGUUGCCUUGUACUACUUGAUUUUGAUCAAGCCUCACCUGCCCAAGCACGACUUCACCAUGUCCCAGCCUGAAGACGCAUCUCUUCGUGCGCUGCAAUGUGGUCGUCGCAUGUUCCUUGCUGCGCUUAUCCUCGCAUCCAAGUACCUACAGGACCGCAACUACUCGGCUCGCGCAUGGAGCAAGAUCUCUGGUCUCAAGGUUUGCGAAAUCAACACCAAUGAGAUGGCUUUCCUCGAAGCUGUCAACUGGAAACUGCACAUCGUUGAUUCGGUAUGGGAGAAGUGGCAAGAAGUCGUCCUGCGACACACGCCUACCCUUCCUCCGCCAUCACCUGGCGCUAGCAUCCCCAACACUUGGAAAGAUGUCAUUCCUAUUUUGACACCUGAGUUGGAUAUCGUCCAGUUGGCUCCCAGGAAGUCAGCAAACGCUCCCGUACGUCCUCCUCUGAGGCCUCAGCUGAACGCGUCGCCCUACCGCUGCCCAUCGAUGGAUGGCUACGGAUCGCAAGAGAGCACACCAACUCCAUCUCGCUAUCAAGUGCCUCGCUUCCUGGAGCCGAAGCCUGAUCUUCCCCACACUCCGUCACUGCCAUCCCUGGCUCGCUUGGGUCCACUACCAACCCCAUCCUUGACCCCGCAAUCCAUCACCAGCAACACUCCUGCAGCGAGUGCCAUGGCUUUCGGAUCGCGCCGCCCAUCGAUGUGCACGGCAAUGCAACAGGCACAGUGCUCCUCACUGGCACGCACCUGUGUAGACCAGUUCAACCCAAGCAUCAGGAACGGACUGGAAGCUUACCACUUCCCAAGCCGACGACCUUCCCUGGCUCCUUCCAACUCAUCUCUAUCGUCCUCUCCAGAGUCAAUGAUCUCGGACAACUCGCGCACUUCUCGUGCUUCAUCAAUCUCGUCGGUCUCGUCUGCCGGCUGGGCGCCAAACCAAAGCCAGGCCAGCUUGGCUCGGUUGGCGACCUGCCGCAGCGCGAAGCUCCCGUACCCGGUUUUGUCGAAGUGCAAGGAGCAGUACGAGUAUGCUCCAAGUGAGCCCAUGUCCUCACCCGAUCUGGACAGCUUCCAUAUUGAUGAUUCGGAUUCGUCGCCAGGCAAGGUCGACAGCCCUGCGUGCGUCACUCCCGCAAGCCGCAAGCGUGGAAGGUCUUCAGUUGAUCUCCAGCAGAAUGUGCGACACUUGCUUCACAGCACUCGCUCCGCAUUCGACCUUCGUGGUCAGAAGCCUGUGCUUCCUGAUAGAUCAGUGUCGCAAUCAUUCGCCCUCUCGCGCAGUGAACCAAAAGGGCUGCAGUCCCCUAAGAACACUGUUCCUUAUUGCUCGCGUCUUCCUAUUCAGAAGGACUUUGGCAAGAAGAGGUCGUGCUGCAGCACCGAGGUCGCGCAAGCCUACCGCCCACAAGGCCCAGGCAUGUGGGCUGGCAUCCUCUAA